UUAGUUUGAAAAUUUUCUUCGACGAAGGCGGUUCUCACGCGGCUGUACACGCGGAUGCAGAUGCUCUGUUAUCGGCGCUCAUCGAGAUACAAAUUUACGUAAAGUUCGCUGGCCAAUUGGAAGUGCGCGUGCUGGAAAGUUGGGAGUUUUGGGCCAUAAAACACAAUUAAAAGUGCUAACGAGAAGGAAACAAAGUUACCGAAACAAAUUCAAACAGAAAACGCAAAGAAAACAAGCUACUUUGGCUUUAAAGAUUUUAAUGGUCUAUUGUGUGCGUGUAAUUGCCUUGAUUGAUAACUGUUGACAGCGACUUUUGCACCCCAUCCCCGCCCGAAAAAUUCCAGAAAUUAUAUUAAAAGCUGUCGGCAAGUGUGACCAAAGUGCGUUAGAAUUCAAUAAGUGAAGAAGCAGAAGCCGAAUAAGACGGGCGCGCAAUCCCGCUUUUUACGCUUUGUUAGUGACGAGUGCGAGUUGAGGAAUUUUCAAUUAAAAUUACACACAGAAUCAAUGCAAUUAUAGAGACGAUUGCAAAGUGCGCACUCAAUGCAAUAGAAGCAAUCAUUUUAAUGGAUUAAUUGAGCCUGAAAGAAAUUCCUGGACAUAAUUUCAAAGUUCCUGCAAAGAAGUUGGAAAUCUCUGUAUUGCAAGUGCUUAUCUACGAAAAGAACGAUGCUAUAAUUGCCAUCAGGCUGCCAGGCAGACAGACAAACUCCCACUGGAGGACACUUCAUCUACAGCCAGAAUCCUUCCGUUGCCAAGAUGUCGGAUAUGAAAUGGUGGUAACAGAAUUGCACCACAAACUGGUCAACAAAUAAUUAUCGAGUCGAGAGAGGAAGAGCCAUCAAAGAGUCAACACAAAAUGCCUGACCACACGAGAGUUACCGCAACGACAAGGAGUAGGCCAUGGCUAUGUGGAGCCAUCCCAGUGCUGCUGCUCCUCCUGCUGACUCUCGUAAUCCUGCCUCCGGAAACCACCGCCUUCUGCCCCUCGAAGUGCCAGUGUUUGGGCGGCGAGGCAAAUAGUAGAGCGUUGUGCGUGGACGCCGCUCUGGAGGAUGUGCCUAUCCAACUUAAUCCGGAAACGAAAUACAUUAACCUUACAGUAAAUCGGAUUCGUACGCUAGAAUUCUCGCUGCCAUUCUACAUGAAGCUUGAGAUCCUGGAUCUCUCGCAGAAUAUCAUCGAAACGCUGGGCUCGAAAAACUUCGAGUACCAAUCGGAACUGAGAACCCUGAAUCUGAGCCGGAAUUUGGUCAGUUCCCUGCACAAACAUGCCUUCAAGGGUCUGACCAAUCUGUUGCUUCUUGAUCUCAGUUUCAAUCGCAUUGAGACAGUGCAUCCCACCGCUCUAAGUGAUCUCGCCUCCCUGGUGGAGCUGGAUCUUACGAAUAACAAUAUUGUCAGCUUGGAGGACAACUGCUUCAAGGGCAUGAACACCCUAGAGGUUCUCGUGUUCCGGAAUAAUCGAUUGCUAGACGUUCCAGCCAGUAAUCUUUGGCAUUUGCAUGCCCUCAAGAGCCUGGAUAUGUCCUUGAAUCUGGUCGAGUUUGUGCGGAAUGACAGUUUCGAGGGCUUAAAGGAGCUUUUGGCCCUCAGCGUGCAGGGCAAUGUGAUGAGCGAACUGGAUUUGAGUGCCUUCGAGGGACUUAUAUCCUUGAAACAUCUGGAUCUGUCCGAUAAUAAUCUCACGAUGGUGCCUACACAGCAGCUCUCGAAACUCUCGAACCUCACCUAUUUGAACCUGGGCGGCAAUCGCUUUUCCCAGCUGCCUGCCGUCGCCUUCCUGAACCUGUUUCAUUUGCGCGAAUUGCAUUUGAGCCGGCUGGACUUCUUGCAGCGCAUCGAUUCGAGAGCCUUUGUGGACAACACGCACCUACAAACGCUCCACCUGAACAACAAUCCCCAGCUGAGCGACAUACCGAUGCGCCUGUUCCAGGGAAACCCCAACAUUCUUGAGGUCUACAUGCAGAGCAACAGCCUGCAGACCUUGUACUCGGCUCAGUUCCCGGUGGAUCAGCUGCAGAAGCUCUACCUCGGGGACAACCCGCUGCAGUGCAACUGCUCGUUGCUGUGGCUCUGGCGAUUGGUAACCGGCAACUUCGAGGGAGUCGAUCCGGGCAUGGAGCACGCAGCCGGUGGUGCUGUGGCUGCUCUGGCCAAGGAAGCCGACGACGAGGAGCUGGCGGAUGAGGCAACCGCUGUGGCAUCCACGGACGACGGAGUGGCCGCUUUGGCUGCCUACAUAGCCGAGCAGCAUAUAGUGAAUGCCCUGCACACCACCGAACCCAGUGCCUAUGAGCUGGCCACGUCCUCCUCGAACAGAAACUCCGGUAUCCUGCGAAUGGAUCGACAGCAGAUCGGCUGCGACAUCUGGCGGGAUAAGGUGCGUACGAGGAGGAAGCUCUUGACCAUGAGCGAGGGCGAGAUCACCUGUCCCGCCCACAUUGUUACUGUGGUGUGUGCGGUGAUCACAUGCCUGCUGGUGGCCAUGAUUGGAAUCAGCGUGCUGUACUACCUGCGCUUUGUCAAGCGGCGGAGGAAAUUGCUCCACGAACGGGGUCCCAUGCGGACCAGCAAGAGCAUCAUCAACGUUCACGAUCGCAUCCUGCAGGGUCACAAUCCCGGUGGCCUCGGCCUGGGCAUGAGCAUGACCCUGGGUGGCGGUAAUCAUGUUAAUGGAUUGGGCAUGACCCUCAAUUAUCCGCAUCAUGCACAAACCCUGCAGGCCCACCAUCACUACCAUCAGGCCAUGCCACUGCAGUCCCAUGGGGGCAAUGGUAACCACGAGUACCAGCAGACGACUCUGCCACAACUGGACAAACUGGAACUGGAGCGCUACCUGGCGGCCCAGACCAUAGCCAAUGAAUACCGGGCCCUGAAGCCCUGGGAACUGCCCGUCAAGGAGGCGGAUGAUGAACCGGAGCAUCUUUACGAGCGGUUCGAUCACUACGAGUAUCCGGACACUCACACCAUGAGCAAGCUGAAGCAGGCUGCGUCCUUGAACCACUCCAACUCCUCGGCAGGUCCUUCGCCCGUUCCACCCUCAUCGGGAAAACCGCAUGUGGUCUACGUAUGACGUGGGCGUGGCACGGGCGAGCGGGUCUCCCAGAUUAAUACGGAUAUAGAAAUGGUCGGGCUGAACCACCUCCACCUCCACCACCACCACCACAACAACAAUAACAACUAUCGGGGCUGUGUACAGAGCGCCAAGGCCAGUGGCCAGUUCUGAGUUGGAUGAAUCAAGGGGGUUUACACAAGCAAAAACAGGGAAAGUGAGAGGUUAGUUUAAGGCGAGUUUAGGAGAGGAUGUAGCCACUAAAACUGGUAGCUAUUAGUGGGAAAUUUCGAUGAGAUUUUAGUUAGCGAUCUUUGAUCAAAUGCGAAUGGUUUUUAAGAAAUCAUAAGCAGAUGGGAGGCUAUUGUAUCUGACCCAAGGUAAGUGUCUAAACUUCAAGUAAACUUCUGCAUCGUCGAGAUUUUCCACUAAUGCGACUCCAUGGUGAUUUACCUUUGUUAACUUUUUUUUUCGAAUAAACCACAAAGUUUAACAAGCGUCAAAUGAAACAAGGGAUAUGUCUACGUGUAUAGGAAGCAUACAAAUACUCUUAACUACCUACGGAUAACAGAUAUAUUAGAAAUGUAUACUAACCGCUAAACUAAGAGACGAAUACGAUUUCAAAGAAACCAUUUUGCUGGCCCCAAACUAAGCUAAGCUGCAUUCAAAUCUCACUCACUCUUUCUCUCCCACUCAUAGUUAAAAUGGCAUUUAGCAUUCGAAUAAUCUAGAUAGCAUUUAGCCAAUAAGAACUUACAAGUGAAUUUAAAUAUAUAUAUAUGAAUAUAUAUUAGGUAUAGCGAUGGAGCAGGUUGCAAGCUAAAGGAGUUAAUGGAAUUUUCUUGAUUUGAUUCAUGAAUUUACUGAAUAUGUCUUCAACAUUUGGGAUAUACGGAGAGAAUGACACACACUUUGGCAGACCAAUAAACUAAUGGGGACCAAAUAGUCCAGUCCAGUCCAGCCUAGAACUAACUGAAUGAAUCCAACUGCCAAAGAGGUUUAUUGGCAUCCAUUAUCCUGCUGAACCAUAUUCCCAAGUUUCCUAACUUUAGCAAACAUCUCGAAUGACAAUAUGCAAAACAUUAAGUGGAAAACUAAAACUUAAAUUAUAACACCUAUAUUAUCUUAGUGAGUCAGAACUCAAAGUUGAUGAAAUUAUAAAUAUAAUUUGUAAAUAACCCUCAAUGGCGAAGCACUCAGCAGAGUGUUUGAACGUUUACUGUAAAUAAUUUAUGGAAUGCAUUUUAAAACAUUAGUCAAGUGCAUAGAUUAUUGAUUUAAGAAUAAAUGAUUUCCAAAAAGCAAUAACUCAGAAUCAAGACUCGUUUCGUUUGUUGUUAUUUUUCGGUUGAGUUUGAUUUGCGAAUAAUAAUUUAAUUAAAUGCGACAACAGCAAGGCAAAUAGCGAGCAAAACUAACCGGUAUUUGCAUAAAAUAGCCACACAGAGCACACAAAAAGCCAGUGUAAAAAUAUUUCUAAAAUAAAAACAAAAUAUGCGUAUGUGCUAAAUAAGUAAAAUCAAAAGGCAGGCUAGCUAUGCACGAAAUGCAUUUAGAAAAACCGACAGAAAAUACAAUUUGAACAUAAAUAAAAAGCAGUUUGUGUAUAAAAGGUGCAAAAAGAGCAAGGGAACGGCAAAUUGAAGCCAGGCAAACGUAAGUUUAAAUCUAAUAAUAUGAUAUACGCAAAAAUAUUUAAUUAAAUGAUAGAAACACCCACAGCAACAACAACAACAAAAAAUGUUAUUUCUUAUACGAAGACUGAAGAAAAUGAUGAAGCAAAAUAAAAAAGAAACGAGAAAUU